AUGUCAAAUAAAACCCUUCUCCUCAUCGGCUCCGGCCCUGGUAUCGGCGUCUCCGUCGCAUCCCUCUUUGCCCAGCGAUAUUUCGACAACAUUGCUCUCUUCGCACGAAACCCCAUCCAACUGGAGAAAGACCGAGAGACCGUACUUGCUUCUGCAGCGAGCGUCAACCGUGUUGUCACCGUGCAGACCUGGCAGGUUGAUAUUAGCGAUCUGCGCCGUCUGGAAGAGGCACUCUUCGAGGUCGCACAAUUCGGGGCGUUGGAAUGCGUGUAUUUUAACGCGGCGCGGGUGGCGCCCAGCCCCUUCUUUGAUUUUCCGAUCUCGGGUAUUGAGGAGGAUUUCAAAGUGUCGAAUCUCGCUCUCUAUGCGGUAGCGAAAUGGGCGAUGCCGCUCCUGUGUGCGAAAGCAACGAGCGGGAAUGACCGUCCAUCCUUCCUCGUUACGAGUAGCUUGCUGCCUGUUGAUCCCGUCCCUGAACUCUUCGCAUUAUCUAUGGUUAAGGCGGCUCAGGCUAAUCUGGUCAAGUCGUUGGACAAAGCGUUCACCCCGCAGGGUGUGCAUGUUGGUUUGGUGGUGGUGGGCGGGCAGGUGUCUUCAUCAGCGCCUGCAUUGAACCCGAGGAAUAUUGCUGAGCAGGCUUGGAAUUUAUUCGCGCAGGAAAGAGAGGAUUGGACGGGACAGGUGUCGAUUUUGGAGGAUAAGAUGGUCGAUUGGCAGCCUUCCAUUUGAGUACACGGCUCGUGGUGAUGUAUUGGUAGAUAUCAAACCUCAGCAAGUUGAACUAAACAUCGACUCCAUUUUAACGAUCCUUGAAAUCAACUGUAAAAGCCGAGAGGCCUCAAUUGAUAUGAGGAGUAAACACAGUAACUAAGCGAGGUGUUGAAGAAAAGGAUAUGAAUGGUGACUUCUCCAGUUGCCGCAGCAAAUCUAGCUUCUAGCUAAUAAACAUGCCUCCACCACAUAGCAUGAUCUGAUCUGUACACGUGGACAACGACGGAAGAGUCGCUAAGGAAGCGAAGUCGGACGAAGUGGGGUUGAUGCAAGAACUGAUUGAUAAGAUGACUACGGCAGAUUCAUCAUCCGGAUGGGGUCACAGAACAAGAUUUGCUCACCGAGUCCACUAGGAGUCAUUACCUAGCUAGUCCCACUGCCAAGUCAUUGUCUUUAUCAGAUCAAAACAGGUAUCCAACGCUAGUAUCAUGGUCCACGUUGAAAUACAGCGUAUA